AUGAACAACAUGGUUCAGCUGUCCAACAUUCCAAAGUCAAUAUUUCCAUCGCCGGGCACCACAUACCAGACAGCCGACGAGUGGUACACGGUAUUGGCUGACAUGCAAAUGGCAACUCUACUGUUCCAGCACAACGAUAUCGUAUCGUCGGAGGACGACGGCAGGACCAAGUACGUCGCUCGCCAACUAUUCCGCAGGCUGGCUAAGCAAGGCCGGCUGUCGACCUUUGGGUUUGCUGAAGACGACUGGUCAGACCACUGCAAGCAGGCUAGGGGUACGCUGCCGGCUCCAAAUGGUUCUGGCUCGUUCCGCCUAUGGUCGGAUGACUUUCGACCAGCCAACAUUCUGGUUGACGAGAAAGACCAAGUCCUUGGGGCUAUCGACUGGGAGUUCGCAUACGUUGGGCCAACACAAUUUACGCUUGACCCGCCGUGGUGGCUGCUGCUUGAUGUGCCAGAGAUGUGGGAUGAAGGCAUUGACGACUGGGCGAGCACAUACGAAAGACGGCUGCAGACGUGGCUGUCGGCCGUGGAAGAGACCGAGCAAGAAUUUCCUACUGGCGCCCUAUUGCUCUCAAGAUAUAUGCGAGACAGCUGGGCGUCGGGUCGUUUCUGGUUGAACUACGCUGCGAGAAAGAGCUGGGCCUUUGACACCAUCUAUUGGAAGUAUCUGGAUCAGAGAUUCUUUGGCAAGCGGGCAGAAGAUGUCCCCACAGACGAGCUGUGGAAGACGAGGGUGCACCUCUUGAUCGAAGAGGAGCAAGCAGCGAUGGAGUCUCUGGUUCAAAUGAAGAUGGAGGAGUCGAAAACACGGAUUCUGGUUCAGUGGGACGAUGCCAAAGCGAGAGAGCGUUUGUCUUCCUACCUAUUUGAGUAA